UAAUGCCGAGUUUCCCUCCCUGGUCUUGGUCUUGGUCUCAGAGGAAGAAGAAGAAGAAGAAGAAGGUCAGCUGUUAUGUCUUCCUGCGUGGACCAGAUCGUUUUUUUCCAGAAGAAACUCAACAAAUAUGCCAGGCUCAACGAGGCGGACAAGGUCCUGUACUACAUCCACAAGCUGAACCACCUCAAUGUGACGGUCAGCCAUCUUGAGGAGACUGGCGUUGGCAAGACUGUCAAUGCGCUGCGACACCAGGCAGGGAAGGUCGGCGAGAGAGCCCGAUGCCUCGUCAACAAGUGGAAGGAGAUGGUGACGGCGGAGGAGGAGGAGGAGGAGGAGGAGAAUGAGGAGGAGGUGCAGGAGAGAGUCGAACAGCCCACAGAAUCCAGAGGUAGGGAGGCAGAAGAAACAGACGACGUCGACGAGGAUGACUGCCUUCACAUUGAGGAGAACGACAACGCGGGUGAAGAUGACGACUACGAGGAUGAGGGGCCACCACCAGCGUCGUCUUCCCCCCCAGCCGCUGUCAAUCCCUACCCCGCUUACGAUUAUUACCACCCGGCGGAAUCCGACGGAGACGAGGACGGACAGUACAAUCCGCUGACCUCACAGAGCGACUACCAGCGGAACCUCGGCGCACCUACCGCAGAGUACCACCCAUCCUCGGAGAUCCUGACCCCUAGAGACGAUUCCAGUCCAGAGUAUGUUUUGCCCUCGCCGCCUGAGCCCAGCAAUGCAAAGGGUCAUAAAAGUCACAGUCGGGAGAAGGAAAAGCGAAACAAGGAAAAACGACAUAAGGAUCGGGACCGCUCGGGAAGCAGAGAGAGAGAGAGGGAGAGGGAGAGGAAGGACAGGAGUCACCGGGACAAGCACAGGGAGCGAGACGAGAGGAAGGAGGAGAGGAGAGAGGAGUCGGAGGUGGAGGAACAGCGGAAAUCGAAGUCACGGAAGGAGAAACACCAACAUGAGCGAUCAAAACCAACCAAGAAUAGGCAACCGGACGGAAGCAUUGCAAACGGACAACACACCGACAACCACAGAGACAAAAGUAACAGGAAGGAGACAGAGCGGGCAGAGCGAGUCGAGACCACGAGCCAGGAGACCAGGAAAGACCGGCACAAGGAGACCAGCAAAAAGGACAAACAGAAACGAGACCACAGAGAGAGAGAGGUCAGCCCCGGACGACACAGGAAGGAGAAGAGGAGCAAGCACCAUGCGACAGAGGACGAGGAGAGUGUAAACGACGACGCAAGGACGGAAAAAGAAGGAAAGGGAAAACACAGGGAGGAAAAACGUAAACACAAGGAAUCAAACAGCAAGAAAGAGAGGCAGAGGAAGGAGAGAGAGGAGGAGGAGGAGGAAGAGGAGGAGGAGGAGGAGGAGGAGGAGAGGAGUAGAGAUAGCAGGAAAAAGGAGAAAAAGAAGAACAGUGCGAAGAUGGACGCAGCGGAAAUAGACUCCGGCUUUGGCGCGGCGCUUAUGGGCCUGGACUCAGCUGUGAAGAAGAAGAAGAAGAAGAAAAAGAAGACUGAGGAUCGAGGGGAGAGCUGCUCGGAAGAUGGGGGGCAGCCCUCCACGAGCAAGGGCUUCAAGAGGGGUCUGACUGGCGACGGGGGAGGGCUGCCUGACAGAAAGAAGCCAAGAAUUCUCUCCGCACCCAAGGACCGCCUGCCAAGCCUGCCCUCUGUGAUGGAUGAGAAGCCCCUACUGCCGGAGAUAACGCCUCAUUACAAGCCCCUGCCAAGACCACCUGUCCGAGAGGAACCACCUGACUCGGGCCUGGCACGGAUGACAGAGGAGGAGGCGCUCAACUUCAUGUUCCAGUCCAAGUGCAACAGGCGCAGCAAGGUCUACUCCGGCAAGGUGUCCGGCCUGAGCUAUGUCCCCUCCCUGUACGAGUCCUGUAUUAGGGUGCUGCAGGAGAACAUUGAUGCGUUGGAGUUCACUGGUGGCGUUCCCUUUGACAUCCUUCGGCCUGUGCUGGAACGGGCUUCCCCCAAGCAGCUAUUGAACCUUGAAGACUACAACGCAUACCUUUUGGAAGACUCUGGUGUGCUGUGGGAAGUGCAUUGCAAGAGAGAUUUUAAAAAGGAGAGACUUGAGGAAAUGGAGACAUGGCGCGAGAUGUGGUUACGGUGUUCCGAGGAGCGCGAUCGAAAGCUCAGGAACUUGACGCACAACCUCACUGAAAAGUUCCUCACAAAAGCCGAGCCCAAGAGGACCACCAAGAUCGCGUACGUCGACACCCCGGCCAAGGUUCCAAGAGGAGUUGCUCGGGCCCAGGCUAAGUACGGCACUGCAACAGCAUCGGCACUCGCAGCAAAACCUGGAAAGGCCAAUGAGGUCGCGGCGAGAAAGAAUGCUAUGCAGAAUGUCCAGAAUGCCGAGAGAGCAGCCAACCCCAGACCAACUGCCGCUAAGAAGAAGAAGGUCGCUCCAUUGAUGGCCAAGACACGACAGUUCUUCAAGAAGGCUUUCCGUCGCUGAAGGGUCAUCACUCGGGUCAACCUCCUCACUUAUCAGGUCAUGUCUUUCACCUCUCGCCAAGCCUCGAAGGGUCAGCUCAUCUUGGGGGUCACGUCAAGCAGAGGUCAAGCUGUACCUACCCAGUUUGACCCUCCAUGAAAACAUCACAUCAACCCUGACCUGACCUUAAAUACCUUAGUAGCUUGAGGUCAAUGAUGGUCAGUUAGUGGGUUAUGACUGAGUGACUGACUGGCUGACUAGAAGCUUGAUGAGUGGUUUAUUUAUGGUCCUGUGUGUGUGUGUGUGUGUGUGUGUGUGUGUGUAUACUUUUAGAGAACUGAGUCUAAGCUUGUAAUAAUCGUGUGUGUGUGUGUGUGUGUGUGUGUGUGUGUGUUGUCUUAUAUGGGAAACUGAUUUAUUUUAAUUUUUUGAGGUCAGGUUCAGACAUGCCCAGUCCUGUGAUAAAUUUGAGUGUUGAUUCAUGAGGACAAAUAUUCCUGUUAUAGGCCUGGGAACUCACCAUCACUUCACCUUAGGCCUACACACACUAACUCAUUGUGUGUGCAUGUGUGUGUGUGCGUGUAUGUGCUGUGAGGCGAGACAUUGCCAGUCACGCUCUCAUGCCAGCCUGUUGAUAAGGUCAUGUAUGGAGGUCAUCGUUUGGAUGCGUAAAGGUCAAAAUAAAUUCCUUUUUGAACAUA